AACAGCAUUCAGAAUGUCUGCCCUGGGAGCUCAAAGGGCAGUAAAUGUAAGAGAAAUAGUGUCAUUGUGUCCUCUUCAUACUUGUCAGACUGAUAUUUUUGUCUGUAUGAAUUACAUUGGUUUUUUUUUUAUAUAUUUAUUUUAACACAAUGUUGUAUACCCAUUAAAACAUGCCUGAAAAAAACGAAUGUGUUGUGACGAUGAAUGGUUUUUUUAAAUGCUUAUUUAAUUAAGUACUAAAGUAUCCAGCUGCAGCGGCUGUUCGUUCUGGUCUUCAAAUAGGUUAUUUAUCACAUGGGUUCCUCUGAACAGUUGUCCAAGGAUGUCAGAAUUAAGAUAGUUCACUUCCACCAACAAGCAGAAGGCUACAAAAAACAUUUCAAACUACCUAUUUCAACUGUCUGAAACAAUAUCAGACAACUGGAUAACUGGAACAGUUGAAGUCAGGGCAAGAUGUGGAAGACCAACAAAGAUAUCAGGGCAACAAAGACCUGCACAGAGCUGCAUAGGUUAAAAUAAGAACGUAUCUGUUAUGCCAAUUGUGGGUUGUGUUCAUUCAAGGUUAAUUUAUUGUCAUGUUACAUAAGAAAAACACACACAGACACACACAAAAAUAUAAUUAUAUGGUGGCAGCUGAUUUCUGUCUUUUGCCAGGAGGCAGCAGGGUGAACAGGCUAUGGCUGGGUGGGUAUUGUCUUUUACUAUUGUUGGGCGCAGCCACCAACAUCACACUUGCUUGCUCGCAUGCUUGGUAGAUGGGUACCAAUGAUGUCCAAUGAUGCCAUUGUAAAAGACGUUUUGAUGAGUGCUCACAUUUUGCACACCACUAUAGCAAGUAUAGUAAUUGUCAGUUAUAUAAGCUACCUUAAAGAGAGCAGUGACAGCUGACUAUAAUAUCAGAUUUUUAUAUAUUGAUUUUUAAAGUCAUAUGUCCCAGAGUUUUUCUAUUUUAUUCUCUUAAAUGUGUUUAAUUACAGUAUUUGUUUUGUGUUGUAAUUUGUCAUAUUUCUGGACACUAUUUAAAAAUCAUUGGUAUGCCCCUCAAAUAUAAAAUGUAAACUGCACUACAGGUCCCCAAAUUCCAAGAGACAAAUAAGUACUGAGGGAAUUACCUCUGUGUUGUGGUUUUCAACAGUAGCUCUUGCAGGUCCUGCAGUGUUUUUGGACUAUAAAUCAAUUCAUUUCAAUCUGCGGGUGACCGAUAGCUGCCUCAGGAUUAGUUCAGUUUUGGACACGUGACCAGACAGGAAGUGAUUCCUCCAAUCACCUUAGUCCGUUUUUAGUCUGUCAUAUGUAGCACUGUUCCCAAAGAAUUUGCAGUGAUACUCCUUUUCUCUUUCUCAGAAUUUUAUUUUUCUUCCUCUUUUUUUUACCUUUUUUAUUUCCUGAAGUAAUUGUGACUUGACGUCCACGGUGGCUUUAACUGCGCGCUACUCUGAGCAGCUGAGGUUGACAUGAAGUAAUUGUCUUUGGAAACAUGAACACGUUGGUGACCAAAUUAGACCACAAAUGGAUAAAUUUAAUCCUGCGGCAACCUUGGAAAACAGUUAUGGCCGGUUCCAAGGUCCAGCUCUCCACACUUCCUCCAAAACCUGUCAUCCCCUCUAAGAAGCCUUUCAAGGUGCAGCUAGUUGGUGGAAAGCGAUACUCAUGGUGCACCUGUGGACACAGCAAGAAUCAGCCUUUCUGCAACGGAGCCCACAAGACCAAAGCCCAAGGCUUGUCCCCGCUACGCUUUGUCCCCGAGAAAGACGCCACAGCUUGGUUGUGUGGUUGCAAGUAUUCAAACAACCCACCUUACUGUGACGGCACGCACAAGCAGGACUUCAUUGUUUCUGCCACAUUACAUGAACAAACAGACUCUUGAAAAGGACGGCAGAGAUGAAUUUGAACUGAGUAUUUAUGUUGCUGUUGCACUCACAUUUGUGUACAUCAUUGCACUCUAUUAAACCAGCGCAUGUAAACUAAUCAAGUGCUUGAAUCUUGUCAGUAUUCCUCUCUGUGCUUGGGAAGAGUGCCGUUUGGGGUUAACACCACAGCCAACAACUUUAAUUUUCCUUGCUUUGUCUUUUCUGAGGGAGAAACAAUGUUGCAUUAACAGGGAUAUGAUGAUAUUCUGUGAUAUAAUAGAGGUUUGUGUACCGAGAGAUUUUACCAUGUGGUUUAUACUGAGGUGGUUAUGAGGUCUUUGUUCUGUUAAGCCAUUGUGGGCAAUGUUGCACAUAAAUGGUACUUUAAGUCCAUUUAAAGAGAGGUUGACUACUAGUAUGGCUAAGAUUUUGAAGAUCUAUAGAAUGGUUUUCUGUGUAGAAAUUGUACACUGAAGUGUGUUCAUAAAGCAAUGUGUAAUUUCAUCCUGUAAUCGAUGUGAUAGUGUGAAACUACAAUCUGUCAGGGCCAGAGAGUGAGCUUCUUCUCCAUAAAAUGCCACUUUCUCUUAACUUACUUUGUUUAUUUCUUAAUUUAAAUGAACAGUCACUUGAGUUGCCAGUUGGGUUGACUUGUCUGUUAUCAAAUAAAAACAAACUUAAAAAGAGUGCCUUGUAAUAUUGUAGACAAACUUUCCUCUA